AAAAAAGAGAUAGACUCUUCAGUUCAGUUUCUUCUUCAGCUAACAGAAAAAACCCUACCAAAGCUUGGGUUUAUAGUUUUUAUAUUAGUUGAUAGAUACAAUUGCAGAGCUCCUUCCCUGAUUCUCUUCUAGUAGUCAUGAUGUCAUUGUCUGUUCCUCACUCACUUCCUCGCUCGCCGCCACUCCGUUCGAACCCACCAAGAACUGCUCCCUCGUUCAGUCGAUUUCCUCUCUUCCGAUGCUCAGCCAAUCUCAGAGCCUCCAAAAAUAGCCAAAAUUCGAGAGUCAAUGCUCGCUUCAAUGCCCCUCGUCUCCCAGUUGCAGAGAAGUUAGAAGUGGAACGUUUUGCGAGCAUUUCUUCCUCAAGUAGUCGAGAAACAUCUUCAGUUGGUGUCAACCCUCAAAUCUCAGUACCACCCCCACCCUCAAAUAUAGGGUCGCCUCUAUUUUGGAUUGGUGUUGGUGUUGGGCUUUCAGCACUAUUUUCUUGGGUGGCUACAAACUUAAAGAAAUAUGCAAUGCAACAAGCUUUUAAGACUUUGAUGGGCCAAAUGAAUACACAAGAUAGCCAGUUCAACAAUGCUGCAUUUCCUCCAGGUUCACCUUUUCCAUUUCCAUCAGCUCCAGCAUCAGGGCCUUUUGCCUCACCUUUUCCAGCUACUUCCCAACAUUCGACAGUAGACGUAUCUGCAACCAGAGUAGAUGCAGCACCAGCAGCACCAGCCUCAUCAGUCACACAAGCUGCGCAAGCCACACCAGCUACACCAACCAUACCAGCCACCCCCGCCACUGAUGCCAACAAUGACACAGAACUAAAGAAAAAGUCGAACAGCUUUGCUUUUGUAGAUGUUACUCCAGAAGAAACUGAACAAAAGAGUCCUUUCGAAAGUAGCUUAAAAGAUGUUACUGAAAUAGGUUCAUCUAAGGAUUUCCAGAAUGACGUGAAAGUUUCUCAGAAUGGAGCUGCUUUUAAGCAGGGGUUUGGUGCCUCCACAGGGUCCCAAUCUACUGGAAAAGCAAAUUCUCUAUCAGUGGAAGCUUUGGAGAAAAUGUUGGAAGAUCCGACGGUGCAGAAGAUGGUUUAUCCCUAUUUACCAGAGGAGAUGAGGAAUCCUUCCACUUUCAAAUGGAUGCUACAAAAUCCACAAUAUCGCCAACAGCUGGAAGACAUGCUAAAUAAUAUGGGCGGAAGCAAUGAAUGGGACAAUCGUAUGAUGGAUUCAUUGAAAAAUUUUGAUCUUAGCAGUCCUGAGGUUAAGCAGCAGUUUGACCAAAUUGGGCUUACACCUGAGGAAGUCAUUUCAAAAAUAAUGGCCAAUCCUGAAGUUGCUAUGGCAUUUCAAAACCCAAGAGUUCAAGCAGCCAUCAUGGAUUGUUCACAGAACCCGCUCAGCAUUGCCAAAUAUCAAAAUGAUAAGGAGGUUAUGGAUGUUUUCAAUAAAAUAUCAGAACUCUUCCCUGGGGUGUCUGGCUCACCUUGAUUCUAGUCAUGGAUGCUGGUUUCUGGGUUUAAACAUACUUGUUAUUUAUCAUGGAAGAGUAAAGGGUGUAGAGCUUUUCCAGUCCUGCAAAAAAUGAACAUGCUUCUUGUUCUCAUGCCGAUGCGUUGCACGCGAUAGGCUCAUAUUACUGCCCUUACUACCCUGUUUGGAGAUAUGAGUUUGACACCCUUGUAGUCUAUUGGAAGAACUAAAAGUUUCAUGUUGCUUCUGGUGGAAACAAAAUGUAUAUUGGUGUUUGAGAAUCUGUCUAGCAGGAUUUUGUAAUGUUGGUUUUGGCAGCUGUGUUCAAAGUUUUAUGUAGUAAACUGUGAGCAAUUCAACUCAAUAAAUCGGUAGGGUUUAUGAA